AUGGGUCCAGAUAGAAAAAACACACUUCCUCUCAAGUUCAAGCUACCCAAGACAAACAAUAUGAUAACUUUGAAUAGAAAAAUAACACCAUGCAUGAAGAAUAAUUUCAUAGGGAGAUAUGGGCAGAAACUGAAGUUAUUGACCAUAAAUGUAGAUGUGGGGGCCUUUGUUGCUUUGGCUCAAUAUUAUGACCUUCCUCUCUAUUUCUUUACUUUUAGAGACUUCCAGCUAGCUCUGACCAUUAAAAAGUUUGAAAUACUUUUGAGUUGGUAUCUGAAGGAUCAUGCUCCAUUCACAGGCUUAGGGGAAGAACUAACACCAAAAAAGGCAGCAGAAGCAUUGCACCUCAUUGUUAGAGAAGUAACACCUAGUCUGGGACCCAAAGGAUUUACAAGGAAUUUUCUAGAAGAGAAGGCCCAAGAAUUAGAGAAAGAAGGGAAAUGGGAGGCUUUCAUCAUUUUUCUAUCUCUUCUUAUAUAUGGAGUUGUCAUGUUCCUUAAUGACGAUGACUUUAUAAAUUCGCCGCCUAUCAGUGUGUUCUUGGCUAAGAAUCCGGUUCCUGCUCUAUUAGCAGACAUGUACUACUGGCUACAUACAAGACAUGAGAAGAAAAAAGGAGUAAUCAUAUGUUGUGCUCCAUUGUUGUAUUCUUGGUGUUAG